GUCCUCGACUCGGACAUGUGCGUUCGAUGCGUAUAUAUAUCCUCGCAGUCCAUGACUUCAUUACACCCGUCGCCGCUCUUACCCCCUCUCGUUGCUGUGCUGCACGAUGUCGACCCAGGCAGCCCGCGUUCUGCGCGUUGCCCUCCGCGGCGAGGGCAUCCUCACAAGCCCGCGCUUCAACAAGGGCACCUCGUUCACCGUCCACGAGCGCAAGGUGUUUGGCCUAACCGGCCGCCAGCCAUGGCACGUCAACACGCUCGAAGAGCAAUGUCGACGUGCAUACGACCAGCUGUGCACCAGGGAGACGCCGAUCCGGAAGAACACGUUCCUCCAGAGUCUCAAGGACCAGAACUGGGUCCUGUACUACGGACUGAUUAGCAGGCAUCUGAAGGAGCUUAUUCCAAUCAUAUACACUCCGACGCAGGCCGAUGCAAUCGCAAACUAUUCGCACCUCUUCCGGAGAAGCGAGGGAAUGUUUCUGACGUUCUCUAACCAAGACUCCAUGGAGGAAGACUUCCUCGAGCAGACGAAGGGACGUGACAUCCAGCUCUUUGUCUGCUCAGAUGCGGAGGCUAUUCUGGGAAUUGGCGAUCAGGGCGUUGGUGGGAUUGGCAUUACCACUGCGAAGUCCGCGAUCUAUACGCUUCUAGCUGGCAUUGAUCCCUCGAAGUCACUCGCAGUCACUCUCGACGUCGGUACGGAUAACGAGGAGCUGCUCAAAGACGAUCUCUACGUCGGUUGGCCACACAACCGCGUGCGCGGCAAAGCAUACGACGAGUUCAUCGACAAGUUUGUCCAGCUCAUCCGCAAGCACCACCCUCACAGUCUCCUCCACUUCGAGGACUUUGGUGUGAACAACGCAAAGCGACUCCUGGAUGUAUACCGUGACCAACACGCUGUAUUCAACGAUGACAUCCAAGGUACAGGUGCAGUCACGCUCGCGGCCCUCAUGUCCGCCAUCGGCGUGACCAAAUCCAAGCUCUCCGACCAGCGCAUCCUCGUCUACGGCGCGGGCACCGCCGGGCUCGGGGUCACCCGCCAGCUGCGCGACGCGAUGGUCCAGCUCGACGCGCUCGCCGAGUCCGACGCCAACAAGCGGUUCUACCUCAUCGAUCGGUACGGCCUCGUCAAGGAAUCUCUCGGACCCAAAGUCCGCGGGGACCUCCGGGAGUACGUGCGCCCCGACGCGGAGUGGGAAGGCGUGCCGACGAACGACCGCGGCGAGGUCGAGCUGCUCGAGGUCGUCAAGCGGGUGAAGCCGACGGUCAUGGUCGGCUGCUCGACCCGCGGCGGGGCGUUCACGGAGGCGGUCGUGCGGGAGAUGGCGAAGGGCACCGAACGCCCGAUCAUCUUCCCGCUGUCGAACCCGAGCCGCCUCGCAGAGGUGGACCCGAAGGACGCGAAUAUAUGGACGGACGGUAAGGCGUUGAUGGCGAGCGGCAGCCCGUUCCCGCCGUGCAAGAACCCGCAGGGCGGGAAGGACUACAUCGUCGCGGAAUGUAACAAUGCCCUGAUCUACCCCGGUCUCGGAUAUGGCGCGAUGAUUACUCAAGCUCGCUCGCUCAGCGACUCCAUGAUCAUCGCUGGUGCACAAAGGCUCGCCUCGCUCUCGCCCGCUCUCUCCGACCCCGACAGUGCGCUGCUGCCCGACUUUACAGACGCACGCGAGGUGAACACUCAGGUCGCCGUCGCCGUCGCGGAGCAGGCCAUCGAGGAAGGUCUGGCGGACGUGCCAUGGAAGAAGAGCGAGGUGCACGAGCACAUCGUCUCGGGCAUGUGGCAACCCAUAUAUGCGGAUUUUGAGUACGACCCGAACGGUCUACACUAGAGCACGCUUGAUAUCUCGAAAGACACCUUGUAUAGAUAGACUGUACGGAUCGGAACUCUGUACAGUAGAUGCGUGAUAGACGAACCAUACCAUUCUUGUGGUUAUUAUACAAUCCGUUGCGGGAAGCGAUACACCGAACUACUACGAAAACACAAACAACGCGUCUAGCACUGCGGGCACAUACUUUUCUUUCUAGCUGUCCGGUGGACAAGACCUUCACGAGCUGACAACUUGCUGCACGACGACGAUCUCGUCUGCUAACAACUGGUCGACAGCAGCGGAGAAGUUGUUCGUGUUGUGUGCCGCGCAGUCCUUGAAAAACGACAACAAGUGGGCCUGCA